AAUAUUCUUACAUCUUUAUUCCUAACCAUACACCUAAUAUUGUACUCAAUUUUUUUUUGGAACUGGUAGAAUUUGGGGCGAUUUAUAAAUUCUUCGUCCACUCAAAAUUAGCAAACAGGGUUGCAGUUCUGUGUUUUUCCAUCAUAUCUACCAGGGCUACGUUUCAACUACGGUCAGUAUAGGGGUGGUGAAAAUAAAAUUUGUAUGCAGUUUAACCACCUACAGGGUUGUGUUUCAAGAGGCAUCCAAGUGAAAAGAUCAGUCAGAUUUGUACUCACCCAGAAGCGGCAUUUGUCAGCAGGCCAUGUCCUCGAGGUCCUAAAAUUGUGUCUGGUUUUCUUAUCUUAAUAUGGCAUUGAAGGGGAUGCAUGUUCAAUCUUUGUCAAAGGAGAUUUUGAGCCUAAGUUCAGAGAUUUCAGCAACAGUUGACUUUGCUGCACCAUAUAAAUGUAGAAAUUUUAAAUUUGGUCAAGGGAUGCGUGUGCAUUCUUUUCAUGCCAGAACUGUAUCUUUGUCCCCAAGUAUCAAAGGAAAAUGGAAGCAAAACCAUUUGGUCAUAAAAUGUAGGGGAAGUAAUGGAACUUCAGAUCAAAGUGAGAACCCACAAAAUGAAACAUCUGAUAGAAAUGGCAACCUGCAAAGUAACGGGCCUUUUAGACGGUAUGGCUUUGGAAGAACACGUCUUGCCAGAAUUGUUCAAGAGGUUCAGAAUAAACUAUUAGAAAACAUCAAAGGGCUUCAAAAGAACUUUCCAAUGAAAGUGUUUUGCCUACUUCUAGGAUUUUACUGCUCGACUCUUUUUGCUACAAGUAUAGGUCAAACAGGGGACUGGGAUAUUUUGUCUGCAGGUCUGGCAGUUGUUAUGGUAGAAGGUAUUGGUGCACUAAUGUAUCGGGCCUAUCCAUUAAUAGAGAGGCUACAUUCUUUAGUGACACUGUUCAAUUAUUGGAAGGCUGGACUCUCAUUAGGUCUGUUUUUGGAUGCAUUCAAAUAUGAAAUGGAUGCAAUUUCAGUGUUUUUUGAUACAUUUUCCUUUGAAAUAGAUCUGUUUUCUCUGCUUUGGUGGUGAGACUUA